CGCGCCGGGGUAAGUGGGGCUGCCGGGGAGAGCUGCGGGUGCCGUCUGAGGGGACGCCCCCGAGGUCACAGUGAGUCUGGGGAAGGAACGAGUCCCGUUCCUACCCGAGCGGCUCUGAGAGGAACACUGCGGGGAGAGCGAGCCGCCCUGGGCGCGCCUAGGCUGUGCCUCGGUGCUACCUCCAGCAUCUGCCACUUACCCAGGUUUUGGGCAUUGAUGAUUUACCGCAGGCUUGGGGCACCAAACUAAACGCCAGCGCUCUGCUAUCCGAAGUGAGCCAGCGGUACAGGCUGCAGAUUCGUGAAAACAGCACCGAGGGUGGGAAGACUAGGUGGGGUUCGCUACUGCAGAGGUGGAAGGAAUUGUCCUUCGGUGGUGGCCUCACACAUGGAACACCCCCGCCAGCCCUCAGUGUGGAACAGUGAACUGUCUCUGGUUCCUUUCACUUGAGAUCAUGCAGAGAGCCUCACGCCUGAAGAAAGAACUGCACAUGCUGGCCGUGGAACCUCCCCCAGGCGUCACGUGCUGGCAGGAAAAGAGCCAAGUGGAUGAUCUGCGAGCUCAAAUACUAGGGGGAGCCAAUACACCUUAUGAGAAAGGUGUUUUCACACUGGAAGUUCUCAUUCCUGAGAGGUACCCAUUUGAACCUCCACAGAUCCGAUUUCUGACUCCAAUCUAUCAUCCAAACAUUGAUUCUAGUGGAAGAAUUUGUCUAGAUAUUCUCAAAUUGCCACCAAAGGGUGCGUGGAGACCAUCCCUCAACAUCGCCACUGUAUUGACUUCUAUUCAGCUGCUCAUGGCAGAGCCCAAUCCUGAUGACCCACUAAUGGCUGACAUUUCUUCAGAAUUUAAAUAUAACAAGAUAGCUUUUCUCAAGAAAGCCAGGCAGUGGACAGAGACUCAUGCAAGACAGAAACAAAAGGCUGAGGAAGAGGAGCUGGGCACCUCAUCGGAGGUUGGUGACUCUGAGGAAAGCCACUCAACACAGAAGAGGAAGGCCAGGCCACUAGGAGGAAUAGAAAAGAAGUUUUCCCCUGACGUUCAGAGAGUCUGUCCUGGGCCCUCUUAGUUCCUGGCAGUCUGUGUCAAGGUGGUCUCUUUUGCUUGCUUCUUUUAAAUGUUUUUCUUUGUAUUUGAUGACAAAUGUUUGUAUCCUUACAAAAGACCUUGUAUGUUUACGAAUUCUGCCAUGCAGCAAUUCUUUAAGGAUAGUUUGUUUUAUUUAUCUUGUACAUAUGUAUUUAGAAAACUUUUAAACUUGAAAAAUAAAUAAUACUUAAUGUUAA